GUUUCGGGGUCAGUUUGUCAAGCUGUUGUCGGCGCUCCAGCGCGAGUUCUUACCUGCGCUGCGCAAGGCUGCGGGUGACGACAUCAGCGCACUGGCCGCGCUACUGGACAGCUACAAGGUCCCCUGGCUGCUUGUGGAGCGGCAAGCAGUCCGCCAGGCCUUCAUCAUGUUUGGCGUGGGCCGCUGGCGCGAGAUUCAUGUUAAUUUUUGUCGGCUGAGCAAGUCCAAGCACGUCCGCAGCGUCGGUGAGGUGGAGCGGGCGGUGUGGCACCUGCUGCAGGCGCUGAGGGCACAUGCGGCCGAGCCGGCGGAUGCGGCCUUCCUGGACUCGCUGCUACAGCCGGUGGCGCAUCUGGGGGACCUCACUACUGCCGGGCAGCCAUGGCCCAAGGUGGACAAGGGCAGCCGGUGGCUGCUGGGGCGACUGCGCAAUCUGACGGAGUUCAACAAUGCAAUGACGGCGGCGCAGCAGCAGCACGAGGUGUUGUCUAGGUUCCGUCAGCUGCUGGCCGCCAUGUCGGACCGGUCACCCCCCGCCGCCUGGUGGAAUGCCGAGUGUGAUUUGGCGCUGCUCAAGGGGAUGUACCGCGCGGGGUACGGCGAGUACGACGCCGUUUUCUCUGACCCGGACUUCUUACCCAUCUUCAAGGGCGCGAGGGAAGCGCAGCAAGCCCGGAUGCGUGAGCUGGCGCUGGCGACCGGCACGGCGGCGGCGACGUCGACGGCGGCGGCGGCGGUCUGCGAUACAACUUGCAAGGAUGGAGCCGCGGCGGGCGAGGGGGUGGCUUCGGGCAGCGGCGGCGGCGGCGGAAGAGAAGAGACGACGGCGGUAGCGGCUGCUGGCAGUGCCGCUCCCGACAACAGUCCCUCUGGCGCCGGUGCCGCCGCUGAGGCCGCGGCGCCGCCGUCGUACAUCUGGCCUGAUGGGCAGAUCCUGACGCCACGUGUUCGACGUCUGUGCGAUCUGUUGAUCCGGGCGGUGAGGCAAGUGGAAGCGGAUUCGGCCGCGGCGGCGUCGGGCGGCGGCGGUGUCACUGGUAGCCCAGCGGAGGCAAAGACGCCAUCACGGAAAUCGCGGCAGGGCGCCGCCGCUGGCGGCGCCGCCGGGCUGACGGGUGCUGCGGCGGGCGCGCGGGGCAAGCCUGAGAAGGCGGAGGUCUGGUCAAAGAAGGACCGGCAGGAGGUGCUGGGACUCCUGAUGCGGUUCGGAAUGCCGCACGUUGCGGCUGCUGCGGCGGGGGCGGCGGCGGCGACGGAGGGAUGCUCCCCUGAACCCGCCGCAGCGGCACCGAGCACCAGCCUCGGCGGCGGCGGGGUUGCGGGGAGCGGUGGUCAUUCCGCGUCCGCAGCGGCGCUCGGUCACCUCGUGUCGCUGGCUCGAGAGCACUACCCUCGUCUGGCUGCUAAGAGCGCGGCGGGGAUACAGCAGGCGCUCCGAGACCUCUUAGCAGAAAUGGACGAGCUGCUGGGGCAGGACGGACAGGAAGGCGCGGGUGGGGUUCCGGGGGCGGCGGCUGCCGGGACCGGCGGCGGCGGUCCUUCUCCACGAACGCCGCGCACCAAUCGCCACGCGCCGGGUUGCAGCUGCCGUAUUUGUCAGAACAUUGCCCGCCGCGACGCUCAACAACAGCAGCAACAGCAAGAAGAGCAGGCGCAGACGCAAGCAAAGCAAGGCGAAGCGCUGGCGGCGGAUUCGAACGCAGCCGAUGGCGACGGUGACGGCGAUGGCCGGCAUCCUGGGGCCGCAGCUGCCGUACCUGCGGCGGCAGCGGCAGGUUCAGGGGCCGAGGUUGGGCCAGAGGGCGACAGGGGCGGCUCUCAGGAAGCGCAGCCUGUGGGAGGUGACGAUGUGCGCGGCGUGGCGGAGCAUUUCCAGUUAGGGACGGAUGUCCCCGCUGGAGGCGCAGUAGCGGCGAGUGAUGAUGAGGGCGACGGCGAUGAGAUGGCGGUUUCGGAGCCCGGUUCGGAUGGCGACAGCGGAGCGGAUGGGGGAGAGCGCAGCUGCGAUGAGGACGCGGAUAGCGACGGCGGCGGUGGCGGGGGCGGCAAGGAACGCGGAGGGGACAGACGGCGGGCCGGAGGCGCCCCGGCCAGCCCUGCUAACGGUGUGUGCUGUGGAGGGUCUGUGGAGGGUCGGAUGGCGGGGCCAGGCAGCCAAACCGGUGGUGGCGGCGGCGGCGGCGGUGCGGCGAGUGAGGCGGCUGGUGGCGGGGCAGCGGCGGCGGCGGCGGAGGGUGCGGGCGAGGGGCCCAGCGGGCGCAAGCGGCGGAAGAAGGGCAGCAUCACCAAGGCAAGUGAUGACAGGAGGCGGAGCGUAACCCCCCGAGUGGCGGUCCUUAGCGCCAUAUCCGCCACGCGGUUGCGUCAGCGGGUGGAGCUCCUGGAUCAGCUGGUCAGAGGGCUGAGGGGGCUUUCAGGGGGCCCCCAGACAGCAACACCAACACCAACACCGGGGGGGGGGACACCAGCGGCCGCGGCGGGGGGCCCAGCAAGAGGGGGAGAUGAGGGAGCCGCAGGGCCGCAAUCCACCGGGCGGCGCUCCGCAAGGACUGGGAGUGGUGUCGGGGUGGGCGGUGACGCGAGCCCUGCGGGGGCGGGUGUGGCCUGGGAGCACAGUCCUGCGUUGGCCGGGCGGCGCGGUGUGCUGCCGGUGUGGUGGCAACCGGAGCACGAUUUGCAGCUGGCGCAGGGCGUUGUACGGCAUGGUUUUGGGGCGUGGGACACCAUUGCCACGGACCCGGAGUACUGCUUUGCCAGCUGCGCGCGGGCGGCACAGGCGCUGCUGACGAAGAGGGUGACCCAGAUCGUCAAAGUGAUGCAGCGCCUGCUGUCCAAUCCCAGGUCGCUCAAGACGGUGGCCAGGCGCCAAGCGAGGAGGGCCACGACCCCCGGGGCGGUGGUGGCGGCGGCCGCCGCCGCCGCGGCGGCUGCCGCCGCGGAAUCGGAGCUGGCGCCGCCGUCAUCGGCCCCGGGCGGGGGGCUGAGCCUCAGCGCUGAGGCCGCGGCCAUUGCGGCAGCUGCCGCCGCGGAGGCGGACGCUAUCCUGGCUGCCAAGCGGCGGCGCCCCGGUAGCGCCCGGGCCGCCGCCAGCGUCGCAGAUGACGCUGACGGCGAGGCCGACGGCAGUGACGAGGGCAACGACGGUGGGGACGGGGAAGGUGAAGAAGAAGAGGAGGAGGAGGAGGAAGAGGAGGAAGCUCAGCCACCAUCGCCGCCGAAGCCCGACGUGACGAAGUCUAGAGUCCGCGUCAUCAAGAUGCUUCCUGCGGAGCCCUCGCCGCCGCCGCUGCCGCCGCCGCCGGCCGCUGCUGCUGCGGGGCCCCUUGCCGGGCACCACCACCACCACCCGCAUCACCACCGUCGCGGUUCUGCCAGCACCGCUAGCGCUGGCGCGGCCGCGGGUACGGAAGGUCAGCCAGCGGCGGCGACGGCAGCAGGUCAUGCUCGUACAGAUCUGAGCCCCGAGGAGCUGGCGGACCUCGCCAUGCGGAUAGCAAUGGAGGCGCUGCAGCGGAAGGAAGGUGGCGGCGGUGGCGGCAAGUCUGGAGCUCGAGGGCGGCAAUCGAUGGGUGCCACCGCCGAUGGAUCUCGCCCGCCGCUGGCGCCGCCACCACCGCCGCCACCGCACACCAGCGGCCCGGCACACCGCAAACGGCGGCAGCCAUGCGGCGGCAUGGACGAUGCGUACGGCGGCGACACGGCGGACGGCUACGACGACGGCGACGCGUUGCCGUCGGCCGACGCUGCUGAUGACGAGGAGGCGGCGGGGAGCCCUGGGCCGAGUGGGCCGCACGAUCACGGGAUGCCGCCGGUGGCCCGCGAGGCGCCCACGCCGAAGCGCCGCCGCUGUGUAGAAGUUACGAACCAGCUGCCUGAGGGUCCCGUGGACCUGGCGGCGGUGACGCUGCCUGUGGUGGUGGUGCGGGGGCGCGGUGUGGGGAGCCACGCGCUCACGUUGCUGUCGCUGGGCCGAGUGGAGUGGCAGCGGAAGGGCUACCACACCAGCACCGCCGUGUACCCGCCGGGCUACCAGGCCAUCAGGGAAUAUUCUAGUAUGGCCCGCCCUGGCGACACCACCACCUACCUGUUGGAGGUGGUGGGGGGCGGGGCCGCGCCGCUGUUCAGGAUUACUGCCGACGACAUGCCGGGGCUGCAGAUCACCGGCAAGUCACCGGGACAGGCCUGGAACCAAGUCCUGGAGCGCGUGCGUCUGGUCCGCGGGCUGCCCAAGCUGUCCUCCAAGAGCGGCAUUGAGAUGUUUGGACUGUCGCACCCCAAAGUCCAGGCGCUCAUCCUUCAGAUGCCCGACAUCGACCGCCUCCAGCGCCUGCACCGCCCGCUGAUGGCCACCCGCGCGGGCCUCAUCCAAUCCCCCGAGCAGCUCUCCGCGGCAAUGGCGGCAACGCAGGCCGAGCGGCAGCAUGCUCAGGUCCAAGGGCCCAAGGGUCACAGCCAGGAGGAGCCCAUGGCGGAGGGCCUGAGGGUUGAGGAGCUUGCCACGGGGGAGGAGGGCGGCGGGAGUGCGGGUGGGGGGGAGGCGGGGCGACUGUGGGGGGAGGAGGAGGAGGAGGAGGAGGGGUACCAGCAGGGCUCCUACCCCGAGGGCUAUGCGGGGGCCCGGGCGGUGUAUCAGGAGGCGACGGACCAGGCGUCACAAGGGGUGACCGCGGCAGGCGACCGGGGGGCGGGGAGUGGGCUUCCUGGAAGCGGGGUGGGGACAGGGGGCGGUGGUAGCGCUGCGAAGCAGCAGCACGCUCGUGACUUGGAGCGGCAGCGGCUGAAGGCGGAGGCAGCGGCGAUCGCAGCGGCCAUCAUGUUGGGUCCUGCGGGGCCAGCGGCGGCGGCGGCGGCGCCUGCCGCGGCGGCACCACGGGCAUCAGGCGUGGCGGCCCUCUCCGCCCAGGAGGAAGGAGGGGGUACUGAGUGGGAGCCCAAUGUGUCGCAGGGGGUGGUUCAAGCUUCUGAAGGGGAUGCACAUGGCACCGGCAGCUUCGGUGCUGCUGGGCUGCAGCACCCACUGGAAGGCACGGACCAGACGCCGUCGGAUGGCCGGGGCCGCCGUCGCCGCCAACAGCCGCCGAAGCAGCAGCAGCAGCAGCAGCGCCAAGCCCAUUCGUGGUCUGAUCCCCACCAGUUGGAGAGUGCGGCUGCGUCGCAAGCUGAGGCCUGGCAGCUUCAGCAGCAACAGCAGCAACAUGUCGUGCUAUCGCACCAGCAGCAGCACGAGGCGGAAGAGGAGGCGCUGCAGCGACAGCAUGAGUUGUUGCAGCAGCAGCAGCAGCAGCAAGCGCGGCUACUGCAGCUGCGGCAGCAGGAGGCACUGGCCCGGCAGAAGCAAGCAUUCCUGCAACAGCAGCAGGAACAACAAGCUCUCCUGCAACAACAGCAGCAGCAGCAGGCGCUUUUGCAUCAGCAGCAACAGCAGCAGCAGGCACUGUUGAGGCAAAAGGAACAGCAGGAAGUCCUGCUGCAACACCAACACAACCAGCAGCAGCAAGCGGCACUCUUACAACAGCAAGCGCUGUUAUUCCAGCAGCAGCAGCUGCAGCAGCAGGCGGCACUUUUAUUGCAGCAGCAGCAGGAGCAGGAGCACAAAGAGCAGGAACAGCAGCUUUUGCAGCAGCACGAAUUGGCACAACAACAACGGCGGCAGCAGCAACAGGCGCUGGAGCAGCAACAGCAACAACAACAGCAACGGGCCCUCCGAGAGCAACAAGCUCUUCUGCAGCGGCAAGAGCAGCCCCAGCAGCCCCAGCAGGCGACCGAUCUGCUUGCUGUCGUUGUCGCUUUGGCCCAGCAGAACCCCUCUGCCGCAGCUCAGGUGGUGCAACUACAUCAGCUAGGGCUGCUAACGGAGGCGAUGGUUCACCAGCUGAGCCUCCAGCUUGGCGUGGGCAGCAGCAGCAGCGGCACGGGCGCCCGUCCCAAUGCGACGACCGCUGCUGCUCUUGCACCGCCAUCGCAGCAGCUGCAGAGCUCCGAUAUGCAUCCGCAUCUUCCGACUUCCUUGAGCGUCCAGCAGCAGCAACAACAACAGCAGCAACAACAACAGCAGCAGCAAGCGGGCACUGUCGCUUCUUCCGCGCGCCUAGCUGGGUCUGCCAGUCAUCAGACAACACCGCCUGCGUCGUUGAUUGGGCAGCAUAUUUUACACGCCGGACAGCAUCUGCACCAGCAGAGUCCGGUGUUGCCGCCCCCUCCAAGCGCUUACGGUCAGCCAGGGGCGGCCGCCGUUCUGCAAAUGAUGCAGGUCCCGGCUCAGCAGCAGCUGAUGCAAGUCCAGCAGCAGCAGCAGCAGCAGCAAGCGGCGCUGUUUGCACAACAGCAGCAAGAGGCGGCAGUCGUGAUGGCCCAACAGCAAGCGUUACUACAGCAGCAGUUUUUUCAGCAGCAGCAGCAGCAACAACAACAGGAGCAGGAACAAGCAAAUUUUGUGGCGAAGCAGCAGGUCCUUCAGAAGCAGCAGCAACAGAAAGCACUGCUCCUGCAGCAACAGCAGGCACUACUCGCACAGCAGCAGCAACAGCGCCUCCAGCAACUGCUCCUGCAGCAAGGCGGCGUUGCAUCUCAUGCACAGCUGGUCGCUUUGCAGCAACAGCAACAGCAGCAGCAGGCGGCUCUGAUGGCAUCAGACGGGGACCUGGCCGCUUUCGCUUCCGCCGGCGGCACGGGCGCCCUGAUGGAGCCGCAGCAGCACAAUCAGCAGCGGCAACAGCAACAGCAAAGUCCAAUGCAGGGUCAGACGCUGUGGCUUUCUGAAGGCCCGACGCAGCAGACCGGCAAUCAGGCGAUUAUGGCGCCGAUUCCCAUGGGAGCGGCUGCAAACGGCCCCAGUCCGGGCCUGAGCGAUGGCAGUGGCGAGCUGACGACACAGGGAGCAGCGGGGCUCGUGCAUGCCGGAAUCCUCAACGGUCACCAUCCACACGUUGUUGCGGGGGCCUUGGGUUCCGGUGCGGGUAGGGUUGGGGGGACCAGCUUUUCGCCGGGAGCGACCGCGUUUUUCGGCAUGGGGACGGCGCCGGUCCCCAUGGAUUCAUCCGCCUACCAGGGUAUGGGGUCAGUGGUGGCGUCACCACCGGUCCCGUCUGUGGGGAUGUUGGGCCCAGGCGCGGCGAUGGGAAUGGGCCCGGGGCUAGGAUACGGGGUUGGGCAGCAGCUACAUGGCUGGAUAUCAUGA